GUUCUGUGAUGGCGGCGUCGUGUGUCCUUCUUCCCGGCGUUCAACACUGAAAAACCAUCGUGCCUUGCGAUAGAUUUUCACGAUUCAAUAGAUCUAUGGAAGACGAAGCUCACUUGGAAUCAAAUGUUGGCAAUUCUGAUCAUGACAUUGAAAAAUCACACAGUCAAGAAGUGAUCGGAUUGUUUCUAACACCGCAACAAGUAUUUUCUUCAUCUACUGGAGAAAACAAUGAAUUACUCGAUCAUUCUGAUCAUAGCAAUGCAGUCACAGUACUUACAGCGACAACAACACAGAGUGAACAGGUGUCAGCUGAACAUAGCUCAAGUUCUUCAAGAACAGACUCCAUAUUGGAUGACGAUGUUGCGUCAGAAAAUCAUGAUCAAUCAAACCAAGUGACCGAAGAAUAUCCUGGUGGUGAUCAUCAUGACAAUCUCACAGCCAAUGAUCUAGUUUCUUCAGCAGUUGUGGUCAGUUCAGAUCCAGGAACGGUUUAUUUAGAUCAGAGUGGUGUGGCUCUUGCAGAACUUUUACCUGGAACUGUCAACAUCCCAGCAUCCGGGACUGGAGAAGCUACGUAUGUCCAUCAUGGUAAUGAUGGUAAUGUUGUCAUAGCAACAGAGUCUGGUCCGUACGAUAGUAUAUCAAUGGCAACCAUAUCACACACGUCACCUACCAUGGCAACCGAUCAACAACUGGCAGCAUUAUCCCAGUUUACGUCGAACAUGCAGUCGCACCAUGAUCAAACAACAUUGUAUGUUCUUGAAGAUCCUUCAGGUGUGCACCAUGAUGAUGAUCAUCAACAUGACAGUAGCUUGCUCAAGAAAUCCUAUCCUUGCGAUGUCGUUGGCUGUUCUAAACAGUUCUCAACUCCGUAUAGACUUAAAGCACAUAUUCGUAGUCACACUGGAGACAUGUUUGAAUGUGAAUCACAAGGCUGUGACAAGGCAUUCAUAACUCAGAGUGAUCUUAAUAAACACAUCAAAACCCAUUCAGGAAUGAAACCAUUUCAUUGUUCACAUGCAGGAUGUGGCAAAGAAUACACUACCGCGCAUCAUCUUAAGGUACACGAGAGAUCUCACAGUGGAGAAAAACCAUACAAAUGUAAUUACGAAGACUGUGGUAAGGCAUUCGCCACCGGGUACGGUUUAAAGAGUCAUACGAGAACACAUACCGGGGAAAAGCCGUAUACGUGUCCUGAUCCUGAAUGUAUCAAAGGAUUUAAAACAUCGGGAGAUUUACAGAAACACAUUAGAACUCACACUGGCGAACGACCAUUUAAAUGUCUUUAUGAAUCCUGCGACCGAUCAUUCACAACAUCCAACAUCCGUAAAGUACAUAUGAGAACACACACUGGAGAACGACCUUACGUCUGCGAGUACGAAGGAUGUACAAAAUCAUUUGCAAGUGCGACAAACUAUAAGAACCACACAAGAAUACAUACAGGAGAAAGACCGUACGUAUGUCAAGUUGAUGGAUGUGAGAAAAGAUUUACGGAAUAUUCAAGUCUUUAUAAACAUCACGUGGUGCACACGCAUAACAAACCUUACACAUGCACCAUAUGUAAUAAGACAUACAGACAAGCUUCUACAUUGGCUUUACAUAAGAGAACUUCACAUGGAGAUAUGUCUGGAAUAACAAUGGCAGACGAUGCGGAAACAUAUGUUUCAAGCUCAGAUGGCGAACCUGAACUAAAACGAUCAAGGUUAGAAUUUGCUGACAAUGGUCAUACCUACUCCAUGGUCGUGUCGUCUGAUGAUACAGCAGCUGUUGCGGCCAUGCAAGCAAUAAACCAUACUCUGAGUGAUAUAUCUCAUCAAAUGUCUGAUGGUACCACUGGACAUAUCACUCUACCAGUAACCAUAACUACGGACAGCCAAAUUCAGGGUGUUCCUGUUGUUCUCACCGGGACGCCACCGAGCGCUAUCAUGCAGGAGUCUGGUCAUGAGAUAUCAUCCGACAUGACGUCACAAUCUGAAGUUGCUGUAAGCAUUGUCCCUGCAACUUUAGUUACAUCAGGGUACAGCACGAUGCCAAGGUUUAUAUCCGCUGAUAAUGUGACGUAUGUCUAUGCUGCCAUGACAACGGAAGAGGAUGCCGAAAAUCAACAGGAAGUGACGUCAUCGAAUAGCGUUGAAAGCACAUUUGAUACUGCGCAAGCUGAUCAUGCGUAUGGCGAGAUAACGCAGAAUAUCGGGAACGCGGACUCAACAGUACAAGUGGUGAAGAGCAGUGUAGAAUCCUGCAGGAGUCCUGGAUCAAUCGAUGAACAAGACGAUUUCAGUCAAGAACAGAGCAUAACCAGUUCUGAUGACAAAAAUGAACAAUUGGGUGACAGUGUGGUAACGUCCACUAUGUCACAGAUAAAUGUUGAGAACAUACUAUCCUGACAUCAUCGCUAUGUUAUCUGUAAUUAAGGUAGAUGGAAUUUCUCAGUGAUAACUUUCAAUUGUUUAAACACAUUAAAAAUAUUCCAUUAAACAUACUAUUAGUUGGUAUAAAAAUAUUUUUGGCGCCUUCUAAAAUA